AAUAAAGGAACAGACUGCAUGUCGAUAGAAACACUCUUGUUGCAGCUUCUGUUACUUAAAGGUAAAAAAGAAGUUGCUACAGAGACCAGCCAUGCACCCCAGGUCUAUACUGUGGAUCCUCCUCCUCGUGUUGGUCCAUAGAGGGUCCCUGCAAAAGACCGACUACGACUAUGUAGAUGAAGCGUACAAUGAUGAAGAGCCCGUGAACUGCUCGGUCACAGAGAGCAUCAAAGGUGGACAUGUCACCUACUCCAAGGGAGGGCUGGUGGGCAGCGUGCUGACCUAUCACUGCGGUCCAGGGAAAUACCCGUCCCCAGUUAGCUACAGGACAUGUGAAGAACAAGGGGAGUGGUCGCCCAUGAGACUAGCCAGUGGGAGGCUUGCAUCUAGGGCCACAUGCAAAGACGUGCUGUGUCCGGCUCAGCUGCAGCUGGAUCAUGGUGACUUCUGGCCCAGGGACCAGUGGUUUGCUGUUGGGGCGACACAGAGCUUCUCCUGCCAGGAAGGCUUCACCCUCUAUGGCUCAGCUGAGAGAAACUGCACUCUCUCUGGGGAGUGGACGGGAGAAACCCCCAUCUGUAACAACCAUGCUGAUGACUGUGACGACCCGGGGAUCCCACCCGGUGCCCUGAGGUCAGGGGGCCGGUUCUUCAGGGGAGAAAAGUUGACUUACCGGUGUCAGACCGGUCUGGAUCUGCUCGGGUCGGCCGAAAGGUUCUGUCUGGAGCACCGGGAAUGGAGCGGAUCAAAACCACGUUGCCAUGGUCCAAAUACCUUUGACUCCCCCAGUGCUGUGGCUGCAGCCAUGACAGGAUCACUUGCAGGACUAAUGGAUGUAAUGUCACCUGACGACAAAAAGAAAGAGGAAAGCAUUUCCUUUGGCCGAACCUUCCGCGUGGCUGAAGUCAGCCGUAUGCACAUCUACAUCUUACUGGACACAUCAGGAAGCAUCGAAAGGGAGGAGUUUGAGAAAUCCAGGAAUGCCACCAUUGCUCUGAUCAGAAAGCUGGACAGUUACGAUGUAAAGUUGAAUUUCCACGUGUUGUCUUUUGCCACCGAGGCCAAAGACAUCGUCGACAUCAUGGACGAAGAAAGUGGCAACAUUGACGACGUCAUCUGGAGCAUCAUGGAUUUUAACUACAUGAGCCACGGGCGCAAGACAGGCACCAACAUCCACGGUGCUCUAAAGCGCGUCGAAGAGAGGAUGAGCAUCUUUAAGCGCAACAACAAUCAAUUUAAUGAGACCCAGAACAUCAUCAUCAUAGCAACAGAUGGUUACUCUAACACAGGGAAAUCGGCUAAGACUGUCCUCACAAAGAUCCGGGAUUUGCUGGGUUAUAGUAACCGAGACCCAGACCCAGACCAUACAAAUGAGAAAAUGCUAGACGUCUAUGUGUUUGGCGUCAAGGAGAAGGUGAACAAAGAGGAGUUGAAUUCUUUGGCCUCAAAAAAACGUGGCGAGACUCACGUGUUCAUCCUCAAAGAUUAUGACAAACUGGGAGAAGUGUUCAACAGCAUCAUUAGUGACGAGAGUGUGACCAUGUGUGGGGUGGCUCAGGAAGACAUCUCCAAGGAUGAGCAGAACGGCGGAAAGAGAGCUUACACCACCCCCUGGCACGUGACUCUGAAAUCAGCUGAAUGGGGAACGGGCAAGUCCUGCUUUGGAUCCAUUGUAAGCCAGAACUGGGUGCUGACGGCUGCUCAUUGCUUUGCCAGAGAAAGCACAGGCAGUGUCCCACGGCAGCUGUACAUAGAAUAUGGUCUCCCACCCUCCCAGUCAAAUGUCAAGAGAGUGAUCAUGCACCCCAGCUACAGCACCAGCGCACUCAAACACAGAAACGUCUCAGAGUUUUAUGACUAUGAUGUAGCUCUGGUGGAGACAAACAGCAGCAUCCCGCUGUCAUGGAUGGCCAGACCCAUCUGCCUGCCAUGCACCGUACCAGGCUCCCGAGCCAUGAAGAAAGUCAACUCUACCUGUGAAGACCACAGAGUGGAGUUACUAACGCUCGAGCAGACUCCUGCUUUUUUCAACCACAAGAUCUCAGGAAGCAAUGAACGCAAAGAAACACAUAUUCAUACAGGGCGUCAGAGGCUUGGCUGUGUGGAGAAGGCAAGGAAGCUUGUGGAGCACACGGAUGUGACUUUGGAUGAGUUUGUACCUGACAGAUUCCUCUGCUCUGGGGGAACUGCAGGAUAUCAGGAUGCUAUCACCUGCCAAGGCGAUUCUGGUGGGUCCCUGUUUCUGCAGAAAAAGAAGCGCUACUUUCAGGUUGGUGUGGUGUCUUGGGGCAUCGUAGAUGUGUGUAAAAUACAAGGAUUCACAAGGACGCCUCCUCCAGAUGCUCGAGACUUUCACAUUGACCUCUUCAAGAUAAUGCCGUGGUUGAAGCAGCAUCUGGGGAAGGAGAUCCAGUUCCUGCCUGAGAUAAACUGAGCGGGUCCAGGAUUAGACUGCAGAUUUCAACACAGCAAACACAGAGGAGGUGAACUCUCUCCAAACUUAAAUACUCACAACCAAUCAAAUAGAUUUUCUAAAGCUUUAUUGACAUAUUCAAGCCGUGCAGUAAAAUUACACAACAUACAUACUACGUGACGCAUCAAACUACUGUUAUGUUCAUUCAUAUAGAUGUUCAACUGGCCUUUGUUAAAACACCGUUUUAAUAACGUCUCUGAUUUUGGAGUUGGACUUUGUGGCUAGAGAUCUUAAAACACUGGACUGAAAUAAAUGUGGAUGUCUGCUGAUGUUACUGGGUACCAUUUGUGUUUUUUCUUUGUCAGAAAAGUAAAAGGUGUCCAGUCAGCCCUCAGAAAA